GCAGCACCUGGAGUCACACCUCACACGUACGUCCGGUCAGCAUGGCGGGCGUGCUGUUGCUCCUCCUCCUCCUCAUGCCGGCGUCGGCGUCGGCGAUCGGGAUCGUCUGCGGCAGCGGCGGCAACUACACGGCCAACAGCACCUACCAUUCCAACCUGGCCGUGCUCAACGCCACCCUCCCCGCAAACACCUCCUCCUCCCCGCAGCUCUUCCUCACCGCUACUGCAAACGCCACGGCCAACUCCACUGCCGGCGUGGUGCGCGCGCUCGCGCUCUGCCGACACGACACCACCAACCUCACCGCGUGCAGGGAGUGCGUCGCCUCCUCCUUCAGCUACGCGCAGAAGAGGUGCCCCAACCACACGGCCGCCACCGUCUACUACGACUACGACGAGACCAACGCCUUAAAACCAGGGUGCCUCCUCGGCUUCUCCGGCGACCGCGACUUCCUCAGCGCCGCGUCAGGCACCACCGGUAACGGUACAUUCUUCCAGUAUUUCAACACGGUGACUUCCAUCCCCGGCAACGCCGCCGUCGUCGCUGCCGCCGUCCGCCAGCUCCUGGGGCAGACGGCGCAGUACGCGGCCGCCGCAGCCAGGAGGUUCGCCACAGGGUUCAUGGACUCCAUUGGCCCCGGCACCACGACAACGCUCUACUCCCUGGCGCAGUGCACUCCGGACCUGUCCGCCGGCGACUGCCUGGCGUGCCUCCAGCGGCUCGUGGGCUCUAUCAACGCCACCAACUCCGUGCGCCUCGGUGGCCGGAUCUUCCGGCUCCGCUGCAACGUCAGGUUCGAGGCCUUCAUGUUCUUCGACGACAAGAACAUACGGCCGAUUCCAUCUCCAUCGUCCCUGGCUCAGGCACCGGCGACGGCUCCGGCUCCCGCAGGCAAGAGACAUGGAGUAAAACCUUGGGUAAUUGCCUUAUCGGUGGCUGCUUCUGUGGCACUAGUUGCACUCUGUUUCAUCGUCUGCUGUCUUCGGCGGCUUAGAACAAAGAACACAAAAGGUAAAGGGGCCUUACGAGGAAAACGUGCUCACGAGUUUCAAGAAGGAGAUGAAGUUUGGGAAAUGGAAGCAGAGCUGUCUGAGUUUGCAGUAUUUGACUUUAAUCAGAUAUUAGAGGCUACUGGUAACUUUUCCGAGGAAAACAAACUUGGUGAAGGUGGAUUUGGCCCUGUUUAUAAGGGCCUUUUUCCUGAUGGAGUGGAGAUAGCAGUUAAGAGACUUGAUGCGGAUUCAGGACAAGGUUUCAUAGAGUUCAAAAAUGAAGUUGAGCUCAUAGCCAAACUGCAACACAGGAACUUGGUUAGGCUCAUGGGAUGCUGCUCUCAAGGAGAGGAGAAGAUACUGGUCUAUGAAUACUUGCCAAACAAAAGCUUGGACUUCUUUAUCUUUGAUGAAGAUAGAAAAGCUCUAUUGGACUGGGACAAACGUAUCACGAUAAUUGUAGGAACAGCAGAAGGACUUCUUUACCUACAUAAGCACUCUAGGUUGCGUGUUAUACAUCGUGAUCUUAAACCAAGCAACAUUCUCUUGGAUAGCGAAAUGAAUGCUAAAAUAUCAGAUUUUGGAUUAGCAAAAAUAUUCAGCUCAAAUAAUGCCGACACAAAUACUACGAGAAAAGUGGUUGGUACAUAUGGCUACAUGGCACCUGAGUAUGCUUCCCAUGGCAUUUUCUCUAUCAAAUCGGAUGUAUUCAGCUUUGGUGUUUUAACUCUCGAGAUCGUUAGCGGGAAGAGGAAUUCCCAUGAAUGUGGAGCUUUCAUCAACCUCCUUGGACAUGCUUGGCAAUUAUUUCAAGAGGAAAGCUGGAGCGAACUCAUUGAUGCAGCAUUGGUUCCCAACAUUCAUUCAACAGAAAUGAUGAGGUGCAUUAACAUUGCACUGUUGUGUGUACAAGAGAACGCUGUUGAUCGACCGACCAUGUUGGAUGUAAUUGCGAUGCUAAGCAACAAGACCAUGAUCUUACAAAAGCCUAAGCACCCGGCAUAUUUCAGCUUAAGCACGGCAGGGAACAAAGAAGCACCCACUACUACUAAGUCUUGUAGUGUUAAUGAUGUCACUAUAUCUACGGUGACGCCUAGAUAGUUUUCCCAUUACAUGAACGUUGUUUUAAUUUAAAUGUUCUAUAGUGCGCAAGUUCCAAACAAUAAAUGAAGUGCACAACUUCUUCUCUAUAUGUUACAAAUGUAAUGUGUUUUGUACAAUGGAUGUAGCCAAUAAAAACCGUAGUUCUGUUAAUUUGUGUCGAUAUCAUU